GUGAGCACUGACACACGGUCGUGGUAGUAUGCAACUCUUCGUCCCUUUGCGAAGGACCUUACUCUGUUAAGCUAAUGCAAGCUUCAUCGAUCAACACACAGCUAGCUAAAAUGAAAUGGCUCCAUCAGUUUUACAGAAGACACAAAUGAGAUAUUUAUUAGGAACCCUUCUGUAGAUUCUGCCACACAGCUAGUUAAAAUGAAAUGGCUCCAUCAGUUUUUCAGAAGACACAAAUGAGAUAUUUAUUAGGAACCCUUCUGUAGAUUCUGCCUGGAACAUGAAUGAUGGAGCAGAAUUUUAACAUUAUUUUUCCCUUCUUAAAUAUCUGUUUCAAAAGAACCUUUUAUGUCGUCAUGGGGAUGAAAAAGCAUUUAAAGAACCACCUAACUGAUACUUUUUCUUUUGUGAAAGUUCGAUUGUGCUAAAAUGAUAAUGCAAGUGUGUUAUCCUAUCCAGACAGGCACGUAUGUGGCAACACUGGAGUCAGAAUCAAUGGACAGUGGCUUCCAGCAUCAAGAGCCAAAAGAACAAGAUGGGUCCAGUAGGUACAGUAGAGGCACUGUCCAGCUUGGAGACCACUCUGACCAAAAGGCCUGUAAUAACAAAAAAGAGUACAAGUGCCAGCUUUGCAACAGAGAAUUUGGGAGGAGGGCAAACCUGAAGAGGCACUUGAUGAGUCACACUGGAGAAAAGCCUUUUGACUGCCCACACUGUGACAAGAAGUUCAGUCUGAAAAGUACUCUGCAUAAUCAUGUCAGACUUCACACUGGUGAGAAACCCUACACUUGUGAAACCUGUCAGAAGACUUUCCGGCAAAGGUCUAACUAUGUAGUACAUCGGAAACUGCAUACAGGUGAGAAAGAUUUUGUCUGUGAGGUAUGUGGACGACAGUUCAUACAGAAGGGUCAUUUCGAAUUGCAUCUACUGAGCCAUUCUAGUACCAAAGCAUUUGUCUGUGGGCAGUGUGACAAGAGAUUCUCACAACUUGUACUAUUGAAAAGACAUUCCAUAAUUCAUAAGGAGGACAAAGAACGAAAAAUUCACGUUUGUCAUGUUUGUGAUAAAAAAUUCUGUGCAAGCCGAAGCUUAGAAUUGCAUUUAAAGGCCCAUGCAGGAAUUAAGGACUUCCAGUGUAACAGCUGUGGAAAAACCUUUCAACAGAGAAACGCACUAAACAGACACAUAAGGCAAAACAGAAAUUCAUUUAGUGGUGACUGUCAGCACAAAGAAAAGCAAAGAGAAGUGAUUUAUGAAUGUAAUUUUUGUUUGAGGACUUUUGCAAAGAAGGGAAGGUUACGGUGCCAUAUGUAUUCACAUACGGGUGAGAAACCUUAUGAGUGUAAAGACUGCAAUAAAAGGUUCACAACGAAAAGUUCACUGAAUAUCCAUGUGAAGUUAUAUUGCAAAUGCAGUGAAACUGGAGCCUCAGCAGGCAAACCACAGGAAAAUGAAGCAGAGUUGUUCGAUAACAAAGAUACACUAGUAAAUCCAAAAAGUGAUUGUUCGUCAAACUCAGAAAAUGAUGCUACAGUAUGUCUUUUAGCUUCAGCAAGUGGGGUUUCAAAGAAAAGCGCUGAAAGUGUGCCCGUGUGUUCACAGACCUCCUUACCUAGUCAGAAUACCGUAAGCUCGUCCAGUGGGUCCACACAUGUCAAUAGUCUCGAGAAAAUGACAGAACAUCUUAGCAUAUGUCAUGAUUCCUCCUCCUCGCUCUGUUCAUCUGACAGUCCGUCCAAAAUCUCAAUAUUGACUACUGAAUUGGACAGUGGUUUGCUUAGCACUCUCAAACGUGAAAAAGAGGAAGAAAGUACAAUAAUAACUCUUUCCGUGAGUUCUGUUGUUCAGGACGGUUCAGCAGCUUGGAGUGGUCCCUCAAUAGAAAGUUCAUUUAGUGAUCAAGUUGAUGUUAAGGAGGAAAUUGACAUUUUUCAUGAGGAGAUAGAUUAAAUUUCCAAGACCACUUAUGAAGGUAUGACAUUACUAAUGCUGUAGUGUCAUCUGGUUAUUUAUUUUGAGCAUUUUUUUUCCCGCAUACAUUCCAAUCUCAGUAUUGGAAUGUAUGAAAGGUGUCCAUAAUUAUGCAAUUCUAAAAAUGAAAUAGUAUUUUUACUCAUGGAUAAAGCCUAUAGAAAUGUAUGACUGCAAAAUAUAAAUGACAUUCUGAUAUAAUGUAACGAGGUCCCGUUGUUAUAAAAGGAAGGAACUUCCUUCACACAAGAAUAAACUCUGUGUACAGGAACUCACAGAAUUGUGCCAGAAGUGGAAGUGUUUUGCUACCUUUUGUUGACUACAAACCGUGGAUUGUUUCUCUAGGGAAGCUUUAGCACUUUCCUACAGUCUACUGGUAAAUGUGCCAUUAAAUCUGAGUUCUCCAGAUAAAAAUGUUC